AUGAAGGGAGAUGCCAAAACAGCCCUCGACGCGAUCCAGAUCGUUGGCUCCAACUACUCGACUGCUUUGGCCGCGCUCGAGGCAUGGUUGGAACACCUCCGUCUCCUAGUACACGACCAUCUAACGGCGCUACGCAUUAUCAGGCCUUUAAGGGACGAGUCGGCCAGAGGUUUGCGGAGCCUUCUUGACACGCUGGGUCGCCAUCGGGACCAGUUGCAAGCUUUGGGCCAUCCUGUCCUCCAGUGGGAUGACUGGCUGAUCUCUUGUGCCAUGACCGGCAUAGACCCAACUACCCGGCGUGCCUGGGAGGACGAGCUCAAGCGGCUCGAGGGCGCUGACACAAGGGCUGGGAUUGAGACUGCGACUUUCGUCGCCAUGACAAACUUUCUUAACCGACAGUGCCGCGCUCUCAGCUCCAUUGAGGCAUCUCGCCCAGCGCGGCCAGCGAGCACGCCCAGCAUCCGUCUACCAGCUUCAUCAUCUUCUGGGCGGUACUAUCGCUCCCUCGCAACCGGCGCAGCUCUGCCUCCGUGCCCGUCCUGCAGCGAAACCCAUUACCUGGGGCACUGCGCUCGAUUCCAAGGCCUCGACGCGCACGCUCGGCGAGACCUGGUCUACCAAGUCCGACUAUGUUUUAAUUGCCUCCGAACGGGCCACCUGUUGAAGUUCUGCUUCUCCCGAUCUGUUUGUCAGCACUGCCAAGAACAGCACCACAGCCUGCUUCACGACAGCAGCCGUCGACGGCCAUCGGACCCAUCUGACGGCCUGCCAUCACCAAAACGGCCGAAGGCCGACCCCGUCGGUGCAACCCAUGCCGACGACCUGGGCCCGUCGCCCUCUUCCUGA